AUUACUGAAUAGAUGAGGCUGGGAUGCCUGAAGGAAAAACCCUUUAGAUGCAGCUCAAAUUAUAGAUCAUUCACUGCAGUGACACUCAACGGGCAAGAAGAGUGGAGUUUGUACAGCUAAUUCCUGAAUAAGAAUCCUGGCAGGGAGUAGCAAGCCGAAUUGGUGUGUGAGCAGAGGAAAAGACAGACUGAAGGAAGGGACAAGCACAGCUUGUGAAAGUCUCCAGUGCCCCAGUAGUGCUGAUAAAGUCUGCCGGUGAUGGAUUGCUAAAGCUGCUGAAUUUCGCAGUUCACAAUUAUUUUGCAAGGCACGGUGAUCAACUGUAAAGUUUGCAUUUUAAACAUGAAAAGGAACAGGAUCAAAUCUGCCAAAUGACUGCACAUUUUUGAAUUUAUUUGAAUGUAAAGCAAUGAAGAAUAAGUACACUUAACGGGUUUCUUUUUUGUUUUUCCUGAAUGUAUGUCAUCUCAGAAGUGGAUACUUGAUCCAUACUGGUUUUGCCAUAGAAUCAAAGCAGCAGGAGCAUCAGUCAGACAGUAUAAUUUACAUUUUACACGGUAUACGUACACUUUUCUCUUACUUAAAUACCAAGUCAUGGUAAAAAGUGAAAGUAGAACCUUUGCAUCAUCAAAAGACAAUGGAGAAGUCAAGUAGUGAGGAAUCGUCAAUUCAACGUAGCCCAUCUGUCGACAGCAGAGACUCUGACUUUGCAAAAGCUUCUACAUCGGGAAGGCAGUUUGGUGGACGGGGUUUUACAGCGGGUGCUUUCUAUGGCUCCACUGGCUCUCGUGGUCAAAGACACACUACUGGUCCAAAGGAUGAUAAAUACUGUGCACCUAAAGGCAGCAAAUACGUAGUAUUUUACCUGGAUCUAUCCUUUGUGUUCCUUUUAGAAUUUAAGAAGUGCAACAUGGCAAGGGGAUGUCUCUGUUUUCUGAAGUACAUAAUGUUCCUCUUCAAUCUCAUUUUCUGGCUCUGUGGAUGUGGGCUGCUUGGAGUAGGAAUCUGGCUAUCUGUCUCACAGGGAAGCUUUGCCACUUUUUCACCCACCUUCCCAUCACUGUCUGCUGCCAACCUUGUAAUUGCAAUUGGCUCGAUUAUCAUGGUGACAGGUUUUCUUGGAUGCUUGGGUGCUAUUAAGGAAAACAAGUGCCUCCUUUUAAGUUUUUUCAUUGUCCUAUUGAUUAUUCUUCUGGCAGAAUUGAUUUUGCUGAUCCUCUUCUUUGUGUAUAUGGACAAGGUAAGUGAAAAUGCAAAGAAGGAUCUGAAGGAUGGGCUGGCUUUGUAUAACACAGAGUACAAUGUUGGGCUCAAAAAUGCAUGGAAUAUUAUUCAAGCAGAGUGGAAGUGCUGUGGGGUGACAGAUUACAGCGAUUGGUAUGAUGCUCUCAAGGAACAAGUGGUUCCUGACCGUUGCUGUCAAGAACAUUACCAAGAUUGUGGCCGCAAUUCCACCAGUUUGUUCUGGCCAACGGGUUGCUAUGAUGCAAUCAGGAACUACCUUGCUGAAAAUAAACAUGUCUUUGGUAUCAUUGGAAUGUGUAUCUUAAUAAUACAGGUACUUGGGAUGGCAUUCUCCAUGACACUCUUUCACCAGAUCCACCGAACGGGUAAAAAGUAUGAUGCUUAGUACAACGGCACUGAAAGAGAAGUAUGCACCCUCAUCUGAUCUGACCUAACGUUUGAUGAAGCACCAGCUGUAAUCCUUGGCCACAAUUCUAACCAGAUACCUUUGGGUCAGAAUACCACAGAGACCUUUUUCUUAUUUUGUAUUUCACUGUUAAUUUGCCAAAGAUUUGAAUUGACAGCACAGAUUAUGACUAAACGUCAAGGGUUAAGGCAAGAAUGUUCUGAGACUUCUUUAGUCUUUCCUUUUUAUGUCUUGCCUGACUAACAUUAUCUGGGACAAUAUCUGCAUUGCUUUACUAACAGUAUUCAAACUGCUUUGAAAAAGGCAAACUACCUUUCUUGGACACUUUCUACAAAGUUUUAUUCCUAAAUGGAUGAGAAAACUAACCAAAGGCAAAUGCCCUAAUAGUGAGUCCCAUAGCAGUACUUUAAGCCAUUGAUGUCUACUUUUCCACUUAACUCAAAAUUAUCACUUUUUAUUAAGCAUAUGUGAUUCUGAUGAAGCUUAUGGGGGUUGAUGUGUAAAAAGUACACACACACAAAGACAAACAAUUAAAGCAAUAUGUUAAAAGUGAACAUUCAGGAACACAUCUUAUCCAGGAAGAAGCUCAACGUUUUUGCAAACAUUUAUAUAACCUGCACUACAAAGGAAAGUCGAAAGCAGUGAUUUCAAGAAUGAUUCUGUGACGAACAGUACAGUUUCAGAUAACAUGCUGCUUUCUUAUUUUACUCUGCCGUCUUUCCUUGAGCCCAUCUCCUUUUUUCCCAACUUGAUGGUUUCGUUUUUUUAUGUAAAGAUAAACCAAAAGGGGUCAUAGCUUGUGUAGUCUAGGGGUCUGUGAAACUCGUAAAUGACAUUCUGCAGCUCUUUAACAACAUUGGGAAAAAACAAAUACUGAAUCUACAACUGAGAAACAAAAAUAAAAUGGCCUUCUGUUUUAUACACCAUACUGUAGGUGUAGAAUAAUGAAACAAAUGUGACUCCGUCUAUGUCUUUGAUCAUUGACGGUUUCCUGAAAGAUUUUCGUCUUUUUGAAAUGUAUGAAUGCACUGCAGAAACUGGUGUUCAGUUCUCUAGGCGGAUCCUUUAGGCAAGUGGAUGCAAGUUCAGUUUAAGGUGGUUUAGUGUAACAAAUCAGUAAAGGUUAUGCAGUAGUUUAGAAGGCAGCUUGUUUUAAAGUAUUUGGUUGUCUUUAUUGUUCACUAGCCAGCAUUCACUCACAUUUUAUAUUUCAAGAUAGACUGCCCCAAAAUAACAUAAUGCAAUAUGCAGUUUGUUUAUGUUUUCCACUAUUUUUUUUAAUGGCUCAAGGUGUGUUGCAGUCCUCUUCCAGUGCAGGUUGUAUACAGUGUUUGGGGUGGCAGAGCUUUAUUAAUGUAAGUCCUCAGUACUUAUUGUAUUAUCAAAAAUAGUAUUUUUGUUCAUAACUCAUAACUUACAUUGUCUCUUAUUUAUGUCUAUCUGGCACACAUUGAACAAAAAAUGGUUACUUUUAAGGUGUGGUCGAACAAGACCAUGUCCACAAAGUGUGAGUAUGAUUUGCAUACACUAUACUUGUUUUUUCCCAGUAUGAUUUUUUUUUUUUGUUUUUGUUUUUGUUGUAAUUGUUUUUUAAUUGAGAAAUGACAGCAACUCUUAUCAUGGUGCAAGUUCCCCUAAAACAUUCCUGCUAAGAUACCCAACUAAAUACCUCUAAUAUGAAUGCUGCUUAAACUUCUACAGUCCAGCUCUUAUUUCAACAAAGACGGCAUCUUCAUCUUAAGUCAUAGCUGCUUUUAAAAAGUGAAAGUCUGCACAUUUGACUGAACAGGCAAAUUCUCCCCUCUGUACUUGAUGAAAGAAUUUUUCUUUACUUGAUUAGAAGAGAAAAAAAAAACAUGCCUAGAAAUAUUUGUGCAUUAAACACAUUGAAGAAAAAGUGCAACUAAUAAUCCCUUUGUUUUUUUAUUUAAUGUAAUGGUGGCGGGCACUUGUGUUGGUGGAUGUAGGUAAGUAAGUUGUAGGCAUGGGACCAGAGCUGUCAGGGUUCUUACACUCAUUUGUAGUAAGGACAGAGACAUUGAAGGCUGAUAAGAAAGAACUGUUGACAUAAGGCUAGUUUGCUGCUAGUUUUGAUGUCUGCCAAUCAUACAUUUCCCAAAGGCAGACUGAGAAGAUGAAAGGGGAUUCAAUAAGUUCUAGGCAUGAUGCAAAUUCUGAUAUAUGCACUUUUCGAUUUUCACUCUUUCUAAUUUCAAAUCUAACACACAUAAAGGUGUCAACCAGUAAGAGUAUUUUAAAAUACAGUUUCAAUAAUAGUAGUAAAUGUUAUGUACUGUCCUUAAAAUGUGUCAUGUCCAGGAUGCUUUUAUAAUUUUUAUAGGACAAUGUGAAAAUGUCAUUUUUGCACCGAACCAAAGUUAAAAAAUGCAGUCUAAAAAUGACAACUUGAACUUCCCUAGUGCUGUUCAUCUGAAGAGUUGCGUUUCGUUUAAUUCCAUUUCUAUAAGUGUGUGAAAUAGAAGCUGCACAAAUUUUUUUAUUACGUGUAAUGUGAUGAGUCCCAGACGUGCCUAUAAUAUGUCCUUCACCAUGAACUGAAUUUAAUUUAACCAUAGCUGACAUGGUGACCCUAGAGAAUACAUUCAUCCAUGCCUAAAGUUUUAAGGUAACCAACAUUCGUUUGGUAUAUGGUGAUGGAGUGUUUUUAAAAUACGUUUAACAUGACCUUUUGAUGGAUAUUGAAUUCUUCAGCUUGGUUUUGCCAGACUUUGUAACAUGUCAUACUCCAUGUCUGGCAGACACGAGGUGGGACUAGAUUUGUUGGUUUGAAAUUGUAGUGUGGGGAUUGUCACCUUCUAAGUACUUUGCUGAUGUUUAACUGCACACAAUUCAUAACAUAUAUUUUCUUAAAUACAUUUGUUUAAUGAAUUACUUAUAUGCUAUUUACUUACAGGUGAUAACUUUUUGUUUCAGUUUUUAACUGAAUAUAUAUAUUAUAUACUGUAUGUAUAGAGAGAGAGAUAUGAUAUCAGUCAAACACUUAUCAUUUAUAUUACUGACCUAAAUGAUCCAUAUACAGUAUGUUUGGGUAUACAUUUUAUGUGAGGGCCUCAUAAUAUUUCACUUCCAACAUAUUUGAACACAAAGUCCAAGUUUCUUCUGCAGUCCACUUACAUAUUUUUAUUUUUAAUAUGCUGCAGUCUUUUCAGCAGCACUGUAUUACAAUAAAUAGUGUGCAGAAUAUAACAAAUACAGAGGAGGAGGAAGGCUGUGUAAUGUACAGUGAGGCUAAAACAGUCUAAACAUUUCAAACAGGCACAGUAUGAUGCUUGUUUAUUUUGCUGGUGAUCCAGCGAAAUACAUUUUAAAAACAUGUAACAGUGUAUUUGACAAAUGCCUUCUGAUUUGUAGUUUGGUGUGUAUGGUAAGAGACUUUUGUGAAACACUAUUACUUUGUUUUUAGUUGUGAUAGCCAUAGGACAGAUCUUUACAUGCUACAAAGUAGAAUGUGUGGAUCCUGCUAAAUUAUUUUUGACUGAACUGGUGCUGCCAAGAUUAACCUGUGCCGAUCAAGUGUGAAGAAACAUGCAUUGUGUGGUGACUUUUGCACAGCAUAGCAUGUUGAUGUUGGUGAAGGUGAAAUACAGCCACUUCUCUGGCACUUAGGUUUCCAGUCAUUUCCAUAUGAAAUCUCCAAGUACUUUACAGUAUUUAAAAAAAGAAACACAUUUUCAAAAAAAUAGAAUAUUUACUCAACUUCGUUCUGACGAGUUUUGUAUCCUUUUUUUUUUAGCAUGCUGGGUUUUUUGUAAGAGAAAAGCAAGUAAUAAUAAAAGACUAGUGAAUAUUGUGUGUCAGCUAUACAAAUACUGUUUCAUCGAUAACAUCUGAACUGAGGAUUAAGCAAUAUACUUUUUUAUAUUAUUUCUGUGUCCUAAUUUGGAUAGAAGUAUUUUAUUGUGCAAUUUUGCACAUUAUUUGCUUUUAUAAGAAAUGGUUUGUAUGAAUUUAAACCAUAAUGCAUUGUGUCUGUGUGCACGUGUGUGUAUAUUAUGCAUAUAUACACAAAAUUUUAAAGAUUGGAGACUUUUUGCAAUUUGGAUACUUGCAACAUGAGGUAUCAACCUGCUGUCUUCAGGUGGGUGUAUGUUGUUAUGAGACAGAGUGCAUUUUAUUUACAUUUUUAUCCUGUGGAACGAUAGAAUGUUGCGAUAAUUUCAAAUUUUCUGUCUAGUUGUAUUCCUAUACAAAAUUGAAUACAUAUUUUUAAAUAUGCAAAUGCAGCUUUUCUAUCAAUAUUUCAGUGUGAUAUAAAUUAAAAAUGUAUAUACAACUUGGUACAGAAUAACACUUUUUAAAAUGUUGUUUAUUUUCAUUAGAAUACUACAAGGCCAUGUCUUGUUAAAUUUACUGAGUGCACCUACUGUUUAUAAUAAUGGUAAAGGAUUUGUGUUUAUUAAUCAUUUAUCUAUUCUGUAUUGCAAGUUUGUUUUUAGAAUGAUGAAAAUGUUAUUACUGAGAGAUUUUUCAAUUACCACAAUAUAGGCAGAAGUAAUACAUACACGAGUUUCGGACUAUUGAUUCAAAAAACAAGUUGGUGAAGUUGUUUUUAGAUCACAAUGGUGUAUAAGCUUGACCCCGGUUUAAUCUGUAGGUUAGUAUUCUACAUAUUUACUGAAUUCAUGUUUGUUGUUUUUGUUCUUUCUUUUUCUUUUAAACUAAAGAAUUUAAGAUGAAUCUGACCAGUCUUCUCAGUUAUUUGUAUUUACCGUAGUAUAUAUGUUAAGUCAUGGAACCUCUUGUAAAGUGCUGUUUUAUUUGUAUGUGUUUCGGUCAAACAAUCCUUCAUCUGUCUUUAAUUGUCAUCAUCAUCAAGCGAUUUUAGUUGAUCAAGCAUCAUACUGUUUUUUUGUUUGUUUUUUUACACACACAAACUGUCCUUUUAAGCAUUGACUGUAUUUAUCCUGCUAAGUGUUAAUGAUGGUAUAUCUUUAUGCUUUUAAAAGCCUACUGUUUUUUGUUUGAUAUUUCUUGCCUUGUUUAGCCACUGUCUUUAUCUCAGUUAUUUUCAAUGCCAUUAUUAUAAAGGAAUGACUGUUUAGGUUUAAAUUACUGCAGAUCUGAAAGAUAUUUGAAAUAAGAAGUUAGGUGUUAAGCACAACAAUAUUGCAGGUAUUAUGUUAUACAAUAGAUACUGCAUAAUAAACAACAUUAUGAUUUGAAAGUAUUAUGUCACAAGAAAGUCUGUAAGUGAAAUGCACUCUGAAUGUCUAUUUGUAACUGCUGGUGCAAUAAGAAAAAAAAAUUGUAUGUUCUUAAAAGGAAAAAAAAAAACUCAUUUACAAAUCCAUCCGAUGCCUUUUUGAGUUUUUUGUUUUGUUUGUUCCUGUCUCUUUUGUUGAGGUGCUCCACUCUCCCAAUUACGGUAAGUGCUAAGUGAGCAACUAAAGUCUACAUAGACAAGACAUUUGUACUGAAACAUUAAAGUAAAUGAGGUUCAUUAUUUA